AUGGUUGCAGCAGGACUGGGCGAGGCGGAUCAGCAGCAGUUGAUUGGCUCGACUAGCCUCUCGGACGGUCUGCUCGCGGUGGAUGCGGGAGUGAAUGGGUCGGGUCUCCCAGGCGAGGCAGAUGAGGUGUCAGCGGGCGAUGCGGGCACUGUGCGGACGGGGAGUACAGGCGGAAGCGAGGUACAGUCUCUACCACAUCCACUGAGCCCGCCUUCGACGACUCCGAACCCUGUACCCGUCGCCAGCACCUCGACCUCGACUCCCUCGUCCUCAUCUUCGAAACCCUCACCUACACCAGUACUCGCCUCGCCCGCACCUCGCAAAAUCGCUCUACUCCGAAGACCGUCUGUCUCGGCCGGUGCGGAGAAAGAGGCGCCGGAGCCUGCGGAGCGGAAUGGCGUCGAUGAGGUCGCUCGGCACGCAGCGAAACUCUCGCUCAGCGUAGCAACGGACGCUCCAUCGACAGACGAACUGGAUGCAGGGGACGACGAGCAACCGCCGCUCGACAAGGUGCUGCGUGACGGCCUGCAAAAUCCUCGGGAUCGCCUGCUUUUACUGCGGGCGGAAGUCGAGAUGGAGCGCUUCGUGGCCAACUCUUCCGUCACCCGCCUCCCCCUCGCCCCUCCGCACUUCCAGCCCGGCCUCAACUCCUACCAGCGCCUGCUCAUCCACCGACUCGCCGACAUGUUCGGCAUCACUCGCGAGGUCGAAGCUGCACCGCCGACGAUGUGGAACGCGGGCAUAAUCAACCCUGCGACGGGACAGCCGCAAGGAGUCGUUGUGCUGGUCAAGGGAGAAGCGACCACUAUUCCGCCUCACAAGCUCGCUUCCUACGUCCCCGCACCCGACCCCGUACCUUCAGCCUCUCCAGCAACUCCCGUUGUCGCUACCCCCAAUAACGGCUCGGCUCGCCCCGCCUCUCCCGCUCCUUCCGCCACCGACUCGAUAACCGCCGCGUCCUCCUCCUCUGCACCACCGACUCCCGCCCCUCUGCCAGUCUUCAAGAUCCUGCCUCGUGCGAACGCGUCCCGCACCGCGUCUUCGGCUUCGUCCUCCGUCGUCGGCGAGGAAGAUGGAGGGUCGAGCGCGAGUGGCGGAACGAAUGCGAAAGGGAAGGGUCGACGAGACUUGACUCUCGAGGAGCGCGAGGCGGCGUACAAAGAAGCGCGAGAUCGCAUCUUCAACGCCCCCGAGGCGGACCGCUCGACGAUCGCGAGCAUCAGUGCAGCGUCGUCUGUUGCGGGCGAGGACUCGGCGUCAGUACAGUUGCUUGGAGUCGGGAUCACCCGGCCGUCUUCGGCGGGUUCGACGUUCUCGCGCAGUAGUGCGGCGCUGUCGGUCUCGGGCUCGCGACCGCCGCCAUCUAUCGCCAGCGAGUCGAGCUUGAGCAUACGGUCGGGAUACCUUGGGUACUAUCAGCCUCCGCCCUCCUUCCAGGUGCCGAGCGGACCUUACGGCGGUGCACCCUCCCUCCGACCGUCAGCGCCAAGUUUCGACCCCGCGACAGGGACUUGGACGUACGGCCAACCUCAGCCAGAGUACACCUACGGCGGUCGACCAGGAUACGCCCAGCCCGGACCUGCGGCGCAGAUCCCGCCUCCUCCGCCUCCGCCAGCUCCUUACGGCUAUCCUCCCGCCAAUCCUGCGUACGCUGCACAGCAGUCUAUCUACGGCGACGGGCUUCCCCAUCCUCCACCCCCUCAGCAGCCGCCGUCAGCCUGGUCGCGCGGUCUCCCCUCCCCCGCUCUCUCCAGCUCGUCCGGCGGUUCCUUCCCUCCGCAGUCGUUCUACCUUUCCGCCCUCUCUCAACCUCUACAGCAAACACCACCCGCGACCACCUCGAACGACUCGGGCUACCUCAUGCGCUUCCCCGAAGGAGCGGUCGUCACGCCUGGCGGGUCGGUCGUUGGUCCGCCUACACCGUUCUCGUCGGUCGUCUCGACGGGAGGAGCGAGUUUGCGGUCUGGCUCGUCGCUAUCGCUCGCUUCGAGCGCGUCGAGGGGUACGCGAGGUGCGACGGCGGGAAGCAGCGGACCGCCCAGUCUCCGGCGAUUGAGCCAGUCGACGACCCAUUCGAUCGGGAGCGUCUCGGCUGUCUCUUCCGCGCCAGUGAGCGAAGACGCCGCGUCGCGCCGGAGCCCGAGUAAUGCGGAGGACGCGAGUCCCGAGACGAGUCUCGGCGGGAGGAGCGAGGAGGGGUCGUCGAGAACCGGUGCGAGUACGCCUGCGUCCGAGGGGAGGAGGAGGGAUCGGCAGCCGACUAUUGUUGGAGAGCGGCCGGCUGCGACGGAGGGGGACGAGGGCGCAAAGGGCAAGACGGUGUUGCAUCCGAGUUUGCCGCCGAAGCCGGCUUGGGUUGCGACUCGACCUCCGCCUGAACGGACAGCUCCUGCGGCGUCGACGUCGCCGUCGCACGUCAAGAGCAGUCAGCCUCUGCCGCCGCCGCCUCCUCCCUCGACUUACUCGUCCCAAUCCGCGACUCAGCGACCCCCGCUCUCGUUCGCCGCUGCCGCUGCGCCCGCCUCCGCGCAUCCUCCGGCUUACCCUCCCGUACCACCUCCACCCGUACCAGGCGCAUGGAACGCCGCGGCCGGCCAGGUCUCGCAUCCUUUGGGCGCAGGGAUGCCUUCGUUCGCCAACCCGGGCGAGUACCCUGCGCUCGGCCAGCAGCCGUCCAGCCGCACGAUAAUCGCCCCUCCGCCUCCACCGCCUCAGCCUUAUUACCCGCCGCAAGGACCGCCCACGUCCGCUUACCCGUCCUGGCCAUCUCACGCCGCGAACGGUCCUCCGCCGGCACACCCCGGUCUCCCGCACGUCCCAAACCAGCCCUUCGCCGACGACCUGAUGAACAUGCCCGACAUCCGACGGCCGCCGCCCAAGUCGACGCAGCUGUUUGAUCCGAGCAAGCCUUUGGGCGGGUCGGGGUCGAUGAGGAGGGGAGGAAGCGGUGCGGGACAGUCGAGGAUUUAG